ACGCGCAAUCCGACUAGGACCAGCGCCACGCUAGAGGCACUUGUCAACAGGCCCGGCCUCACCUCCAGCCCUCCGUCGGCCACAGUCUCCUCCGCCUCGUCCGCCCAACCGGGCUCCCCCCGCCCUCUCGGCGCCGGCGCUGGUAGCGACUGCGCGCGCAGGGCCUUAGCGGGCGCCGGCGGGAAGGGGAAGCGGCGGGGUAGGAUCAGAUUAUGGGCAACAGUCCUUUUAAUUAAUCUGUCAACAUGGCUAAUGAGGACUGUCCCAAGGCUGGUAAUAGUCCAUUUUCAUCUGAUAAACAUGCCCAACUCAUCUUGGCCCAGAUCAAUAAAAUGAGGAAUGGAGAGCAUUUCUGUGAUGUGCAGCUGCAAGUUGGGAAGGAGACUUUUAAAGUUCAUCGGCUGGUUUUGGCUGCCAGUAGUCCUUACUUUGCAGCUUUAUUCACUGGAGGAAUGAAAGAGUCCUCAAAAGAUGUUGUACAGAUUCUAGGAAUUGAAGCUGGAAUCUUUCAAAUACUUCUAGAUUUCAUUUAUACAGGUAUAGUGAACAUAGGUGUGAAUAAUGUCCAGGAGCUGAUUGUUGCAGCAGACAUGCUACAGUUGACUGAAGUUGUUAAUCUGUGCUGUGAAUUUCUAAAAGGACAAAUUGAUCCAUUGAACUGCAUUGGAAUCUUUCAGUUCUCUGAGCAAAUUGCAUGCCAUGAUCUUUUGGAAUUCACAGAAAACUACAUUCAUGUCCAUUUCUUGGAGGUUCACAGUGGGGAGGAGUUCCUAGCGCUUACAAAAGAUCAACUGAUCAAAAUUUUGCGAAGCGAAGAACUCAGUAUUGAGGAUGAAUACCAGGUCUUCUUAGCUGCUAUGCAAUGGAUUCUGAAGGACCUGGGAAAAAGAAGAAAACAUGUGGUGGAAGUGCUAGAACCAAUUCGAUUCCCUUUAUUACCUCCUCAGAGGCUUUUAAAGUACAUAGAAGGAGUAUCUGAUUUUAAUCUUCGCAUUGCACUGCAAACACUUUUGAAAGAGUACUGUGAGGUGUGCAAAUCUCCCAAAGAAAACAAGUUUUGUAGUUUUCUGCAGACAUCCAAGGUUCGGCCUCGGAAGAAAGCAAGAAAGUACCUGUAUGCAGUAGGCGGAUAUACUCGGUUGCAGGGGGGUCGUUGGAGUGAUAGCAGAGCCCUCAGCUGUGUAGAGCGUUUUGACACCUUUAGCCAGUACUGGACCACUGUGUCUUCACUUCAUCAGGCUCGAUGUGGGCUAGGAGUAGCAGUUCUGGGAGGGAUGGUUUACGCUAUUGGAGGUGAAAAGGAUUCAAUGAUUUUUGACUGUACUGAAUGCUAUGAUCCAGUUACUAAACAAUGGACAACUGUAGCUUCAAUGAAUCACCCCCGCUGUGGUUUGGGAGUGUGUGUGUGUUAUGGGGCUAUUUAUGCUUUGGGUGGAUGGGUUGGAGCAGAGAUAGGUAACACCAUUGAACGAUUUGAUCCUGAUGAAAAUAAGUGGGAAGUAGUUGGCAACAUGGCUAUGUCACGCUACUACUUCGGGUGUUGUGAAAUGCAAGGUUUAAUUUAUGUAAUUGGGGGCAUCAGCAAUGAAGGAAUAGAGCUUCGUUCUUUUGAAGUGUAUGAUCCACUUUCUAAGCGUUGGUCUCCACUUCCUCCGAUGGGAACCAGGAGAGCCUAUCUUGGUGUGGCUGCCCUCAAUGACUGUAUCUAUUCUGUUGGAGGGUGGAAUGAGACACAGGAUGCUCUUCAUACUGUGGAAAAAUAUUCCUUUGAAGAGGAAAAGUGGGUUGAAGUUGCUUCAAUGAAAGUGCCUAGAGCAGGCAUGUGUGUUGUGGCAGUCAAUGGGCUUCUGUAUGUUUCUGGAGGUCGAUCUUCGAGCCAUGAUUUCUUGGCCCCAGGUACCUUGGACUCUGUCGAAGUUUAUAACCCUCAUUCAGAUACAUGGACAGAAAUCGGUAACAUGAUCACCAGUCGUUGUGAAGGAGGUGUUGCUGUACUAUGAAAUAUAAAGUAUAAGGGAGCACAAGAAACAUUUUAAAAAUAUAGGAUCUGAUCUUUUUGCAAAUCACACAUGUAUUUGGUGAUAGGACCCUUUGAUUCUAUUGAGUUUUCCAUGUAUAUGGUAGAUAAAUGACUAAAGAAUUAUUUUUCUAAGAAUUUGAGUAAGGAGAGACACGGAAUAUUAUCCUAAAUUAAUAAAGAACUCACUCAAAUUUGCCAUGCUUACCAAUAGGAAUGCUGUUUAUGCUCUAGAAUUCUCUUAGGGGUAGAGUCCUGUUUGUAAAAAUGAUUUGCUAGAAGCUUCUUGGCAAAUAGCCCCAUUAGCUGCUUCUCCAGUAUAAGCCACGCUGUAACAUGACCCAUGUGUGAUGUAAGCAUAUCAGUGAGACAGUUUGAAGAUGUCUGUACAUUCAGUCUAUGGCACAAUUUUCCAUGACCACAGUUGAACCUACAGAGAAAAGCCAGUGACACAACUCCCUUUUAUUUGAUACCAAACUUUUUAUUGGCAGCAGAUACACUGGGAGGGACAUGUAGGAAAUAUCUAGCUAUCUCUAUAGAUGUUUAUAUAGAAAGACAAGUUUUUGCCUGUUGAUAACAGGGUUAAAAAAGCUUUUGCUCACUUAUGUUGUCUUAGUGCUGAAAAUGCAAGUGAGGAAUUACUAGGACGUUCUUCAUUAAAGUCCUUUAGUGCAAUUCGAUAAUAUAAUGAGUGACAGAGCCCAGUGAGAGAUAGGUACCUAUUAAAUUUCUUUCCUAUUUUCUAAAUAGUUAUCAAAAAUUAUCUGCUUGGUUUGGGGAAGAGGGAGUUUUAUUAGACUAUCAAGCUUUGUGAAGCUUAUUUGUACUUUGGCAAUCCUAAGUAUGAACUUAGUACAAAACCUACUGCCUGGUUUGGAGAAGGUGAAAUUGUAGGUACCUAUGAAGCUUUUUACAGACAUUGACAAUAGUGUUAAGUUGAAAGUCCUCUGAUCCAAAACUGCUUUUCAAAACUUUCCAUUUUUUUCCCCCCUGAGAAACAGUCUAAAGAAUUGUUCUCU